AUGAGUGAUUAUAGACAAGAGGUAGAGAAAAAAUUAUCAAAAAGGAGUCAAAGCAACGAAGUUUCUAUGAUUGUUCAAGAUAUAUUAAACUAAAAUAACUAAAAUAAUAAUACAUAAAUAUCAUAUCAUUUAUAAACUGGACCAUUAUCUGCAAAUACUACUUUUAAUUAAUAGAACAUAUUGAAUUCUACUUUUAAUAGGAGAAAGGAAUCAGCUAGGGCUUCCUACACAAAUAUUAUGGACAGAAGCUGGAUAGGUAAAUAAGAUAAAGAUGGGAUUCUUAUUUACUGCAAUGAGCUUAAUAGAUAGAUAGAGUAGAAAAAUCAAGAACUAAAUAAAGCAUAUAAAGAGUGCAGUAUAUAUAAAGUAGCUGUAGAAUAAAAGAUAUAAGAAUGUUUGAGAGAUGGAUCUAAUCCCCUUAAUCCUGUAGUUGAACUUCUCUAAAAGGAAAGAAAUGAUUUAAAAUCAGAAAUAAUUGAAUUAAGUGCUAGCGAAAAUUUUUUAAAAGACGAAAUAUCCAGGUUGGAGCAAGAAGGGAACCAAAAAGAAAAAAUUUUGAGAGAAUAUGAAGCCUUUCUUGAAUCAAAAGACAAGACUAUUUUAGAAUUAAAGGAUAAGUUUGAGUUGGAUUAAAAAAAGAACGAACAACUCAAUCAUGAGAUAAUUAACUUUUAAGAAGUUUAUGAUUCUAAAGAGAAGCUGUAGGCUUAGUUAGAAAAUAGAAUUUAUGUACUUGAAUAAGAAAACAUGGAACUUAGGGCCAGACUAGAGAAUACAGAAAUGGAGUACAAAGGAUAUCUAGGUUAAUUUGAAGGAGAAAAGACUAAAAUAUUAGAAGAAAACUAAAGAUUUAACAAUUUAAAAGAUAAUUUAAGUGAAACUUUUUCCGUUAUUGGACAAUUCAUAAAUGAUUUUUCUAAAGUCACUAAGCUAAAAAAUGUGCAAUCAAUCACAGUUGAUUCCUUUCAUAAAAUGAUAUCUUAAUUUGAUUUUAAUGUUUAAACCCAAGAAGUUGAGUCUAUAGAUUUUCUUUAAAAGUGGAUUGUUAGUCUUUUUGAAUAAGUUGAAUUUUAAACAAAUAUGAUACUAAAACUUGAGGAAGAAGCAGAAGCAAAUAAUGACAGAAUUAAAGAUCUGUAAAAAGAUUUAUACGAAUCUGUAAAUAUUGGUAGAAUUUUUAAAGAGAAAGAAAUUAAACUGCUAAAAGAAAUAGAAAUGAUAAAAAGGAAUUAUGAAGAAGAUAGAGGAUAAAUUUAAAACAAUCUUCAAAAAGAAAACUAAUUUAUAAUAGAAAACGAAUAAACAAAAAAUGAAAUUAGAAAUCUUACAGAGUAGCUUCAAACAGCUCAUGAAUAGGUACAAAAUUUACACGAAGAAAUGGAAACAAGUUAGUAGCUCCAUCAGGCUAAAGAAUAGUAAGAGAAAAUAUUGAAAGAGACAAUUGAUGAGCUUUAAAACGAAAGUGAAAGAAUGAAAAACUAAAAAGAAAUAUUUUAAAAUGCUUUAUUUAAAUUAUGCCAUAUCUUGCCUCAUGUAGAGUUAGAACAGUUAAUCAAAGAUUUUAUAUAAAAUAGUGAGUAAUUGUAUUUAGCUUAAAUUGAGCAAGAAUAAUAAGAAUUAUAAUUCCAAGAAAAUGAUGAGGAUUUGAAAAAAUCUGUGAAAGAAGACACUUUGAAUUCAAGAUAAAUUAUUUCAAAAAGAAAAGUUGUAGAACAAGUUAGAGAAAAUUUGAAAAACGUUGUCUCUAAAUGUAGAAAAUUGAGAGAAAGAGAAUCAUAUAUUCUUAAUGAGAUUGAUAAAAUAUCCUAAUUAGAAAAAUAGAGAAUUGAAAAAUCAUUGACAAUAGAAAGAGAGUUUUAUAAAAUGAAAAGCUUGAUGUAAUAUGAAUAAAAAAGAAAUGAAGCCUUAAUGAGAUAAGCUGAUCAAUCUCCUAACACUAUUUUGCUUAAAAAUAGCAAUAUUUAUUAACAAUCUCCUAAUUAUAGUGAUAUUUAAAGCUAAAGAAACUAAUUUUUAAGCAGUAAUGAUUUAGAUUAUCAAAAAUAAUCUGAAUUUAAUAACAAAGAAAACGAAAGAGACUAAAAUAUCAAAUUAAAGACUGAAGAUGAUCAAUAAAGUUAACAAAUAUACAAUUAAAUAGAUAGAUUAGAUGCAUAAUCUAUUAGAAACAAAAUAGCAAAGCAGCAGUCUCUAUCUAGAUAGAUAAGUGCUUCAAUGCUUGAUGUAAAUAAGGAUAAAAUAAUUAAUAAUCUUUUAAGUUCAAAUAUUUCACUGAGAAAUAAUGUAACAACCUUAAAAAAUUCAUCAUCUCUCAACAAUCUUAACUUGAAUUAUGGUAAAAAGACAUCAAUAGACAUUCAAUAUAGCAUGCUUGGAAGUCAAGAUAAAAAUGCUAUGCUUCGUAUGAAAUUAGAAGACAAGCUAAUGAACUCUAAAAGAAAUUUGGGUUUAACUUAUAAAUAAAAUUAAUUAUGA